AUGGCUAGUGGGACAAACUGGUACGCGACGGCACGCUCCGGUAGAACCGGCCAAGCUGCCACCUUCAGCAUAAACCGACAUGUCUACUACCACAAAUCAUGUUCAUCAGGCUGCUUGGGAUGCGGCUUCAGGACCUGCCACAGCUUAUCGGGACCGAAUUUGACGCUUUUCCGUUCAAGAACGUUAUGUUCACCUAUCAGAAUUGCUCGAUUGAUCCAUCGAAACCUGCUCUUUAUAGACGCUGAUCUCGUUUUCGACGAGUCGUUUGGCGCUGUUCAUGAUGCCCUCUCCACUGUCUUUGGAGUUCCAAACCCUACUUUGCAUAUUCAAGGCAGCCUCGGUACCUUACAAUCCUUCAACGACCCCCUUCGGCUCACGGGCUUUUCCCUCAUCGGAACUUUCUCUGAUGUUGUCCUCAAACCAUGCUCUGAACUCACCUUAUCUGCAAUCGGAGUCGAGCUUUUCGGCUACGAAGGCGUCCGCUAUACGAAGAAAGCAACGGCUUUCGGAGGGAUGUGCUAUGGGUUCAGAAUUUUCGGCUCAAUGCAUGUCGGGUUGGAUCAGACACUCGAUCUAUCAUUUGAUCUGGGCGAUGUAGGCGGUGAACUUUUCCUCAAGGCCACACAACUAGACGUUUGGAAUAACGCAUUCGGUGUCAAAGGACUCUCAAUUGACGGUCUUAGUUUCGGCACAACGCUCAAUCCAAGUUUGCCAAUGAAAACUUUCAGCUUUAAUGUUUCCGCUGGCCUCUCUAUCGGCGGCAUCUCCGUUGACCUGAUUGGAUAUUAUAACGCCGACAAAUCGUUUUCCAUGUCCGCUAGUCUGACCAAUUUUGGUACCAAAGGACUAUCGGAUCUCUACAGCCAACUCUAUGGACGCCCCGUGUCAUUACCUCAACUAAACGUUGACAUUGGCAAUGCCACGCUAACCAUCGCUUCUGGCCGCAUAUUUAAUCUGGUGGUGCACGAUAUUUCUGUCGAGCAUUACUUCGGCGUCAAUGCCGAAGUACAGUUCUCUUCUGCUGGUAUUGUUCUCAAAGCCAACAUGACGGACAAUGGGUCGGGCGAGAAAACGUUGAAGUUGAGUGAAAUCGAAAUCAAGAAAGUCUACAUUCAAGUCAGCUUCCGGGCCGGACCAAAUUCGUCGUCCAGUGUCAUCCUAGGAGGCGAAUUGCGUUGGGAAUCAUUCACACUUGAUGCUGGCGUCCAUAUAUACCGCCCUGCGAUACUAUCGGCAUCACAACCACAAGCGAGUUCCCUUCAGUGGACCGUGUUUGCUGAUUUUGUUACCGACCAUAAUGCCAAGAAGGGUAUGGCACUGAGUUCUCUUGUUCCGGAGCUCGAAGAUACCUUUCUUGGAGAUGUUGCGCUUGAGGAUGCUGCUCUCAUUAUCGCUUCACAAGACGACCCAGAAUUCGGCAGUUUCAAUACAACACAAUUUCCGGUUAAACAAGGUAUCCAAGUUUGCGCCGUGCUGGGCAUGAUCAAGGCAAUUUCAGACUUGAUGCGGCUUAAUCAGCCCCCUCGUCUCAUUCUUGCCGCCGGCUGGUCUAAGGCUACCGGAUUCUCGCUCGACGUUGUUCUUCCAGCGCCACUGAGUCUGGACCUUGGCCGCGGGAUUGUGACCGAUCCAUUCAGCCUCCAAAUCCGCGCAUCCACCUCGACCCCUUCUAUCCUCCCUCCAACUAUCCAACUCAAUGCUGGCGUCAAGAUACCAACUCCAAAUGAUCCACGACCACUCCAUUUUACUCUGUCGUUGGCAUUCAACGCCGUUGAAGGAUAUGCAACGGGGGAACUAGCAGGCUAUUGGACGAAUCCGUUUGGGUUGAGCCCCAAAGUACGGAUUGGACCAGAAGUCGCAUUGACAAUGGGGAUACUGAUCGAGGAGUUAAUUGUGAGCCCAUUCGGUUUUGUUGGCGGCUUAAAAGUCGGUGAUGUCAUGGUCAAUAUGGCGUUGGAAAUCAGUGAGAUUCCGUCGCAGGAAGUUCUGUAUGCUGAAGUCGAUAAUCUUCAUAUUACCGAUGUUGUGUCGCUAGCACGCGAUUUAACACAACUUCCGAUUCCUAUGGUUCCUGACUUCAUGGUCUUCCGCCACAUCAAAUUCUACCUUUGUCCCAUGGGCACAACCAUCGGAAACAUCGUAUAUCAAAGAGGGUGUCAGUUCAGUGCGGAUAUGCUCGUAUUUGGGCAAGAUGCUCAAGGAGAUGUUCGAGUCGACAGCAGCAACAUCAUUGCAUCGGCGACCUUGGAUAAUCUUGCUCUUGGUCCCUUGCACGUGACCGGUCUUGAUGGACCGAAGGCAACAUCCAGUGUACAAAUCGGUCCUCAGAAGCAAGUUGGCUCGUUCAAAGGGAAGAUCGUACUAUACGACUUCCAGGUUCUGCUCGAUCUGCAAUUCGAAUUUAAGCCCGAUCCGUUUUUCCACUUCCGCUUCCUUCUCCAGUUCACACCUCACCUCGACUUUGCCGUCGAUGCGAACAUGAUCGAGAACAUGGCCGAUAUUCACGAUUUGGCCCGUCUUGACUUCAAACUUGUGGCGGUUCUGCAACAAGACAUCCUAGACUAUAUUGCUCAGUCCAUCAAUUCGCAAUUUGAGCAGGCAACAAAAGCUGAAAAGGCCGAUAUUGCUGAGCAGCAAGACAAGGUUGACAGGGCGAAAAAGGUCGUUGAUGAUAACGUCAGAGCCCACCGGGUCAAGGUCGAUGCAGCGUAUGCUCAGUGGAAAGCCAAGUCAGAUGUGGCGAAUGCCCAAUUCAAAGCGACCACAGAUGUGUAUGAGGCGAGGGUGAAGGAACUGCAAGGCCAGGUUGAUGCUGCGACCGCCAAAUAUAAAACCGAUUUGGCAAAUGCCCAACAACAACUCUCGAAUGCUAACGCCAACGGGGCCUCAAGAAUGCAGGCUGCUCAAGCUCAGGUCGCUCAAGCACAGAAGGAUUGUACGGACCGGGUUGCGGCAGCUCGGAGAACACUCGAUGAUGCUACGAGGGAUAUGAAUUCGCGGUUCGGCGAUGCUCAACACAAGAUCGAUGUUGCUCAAAACAAUGUCAACAGCAUCCAGAACCAAAUCAACGACAUGAACAGCAAGAUCAGCCAGCUCGAGCAUCUUACUGGGAUUAAAGCGAUAGGCAAGGCGGGUCUACCUGCAUUGUAUACCGCGAAGGGAACGCUUCUGGCGUCGAUGGCAACUGCGCAAGGCAUUUUGACGGCAGCUAAGGCUGUUCUUCAGUCCCAGAAUUAUCUUGCCGCCAAGGGUGUGAUGCAAGCCGCUCAAGGGGCGCUUACGGCCGCUCAGGCCUCUGGUCAAGCUGGGAUAGUGACUGCUCAACAAACGCUUGCUACUACCGACCAGAGCACGCAAGCAGCAGUUCAUACAGCUUCAUCAGCGUUGAAUCAAGUCGGCCAAGUUGGUCCAGCUGCUAUUGCGGCUGCUUCCAAGACGUUGGAUGCCUACAAAGUUGCUAGUAUUGGCACACUCAAUGCUGCGAAGGCCGGUGUCGAUACUGUUGCGAAGGGAACUGAAUGGGUUGCCUACCAAAGUGCCCUUGCGGGACUUGCUGCUGCGCAGUCAUCAACACAUGAGCUCGAUCUGGCUAAUGGCGCAUUGGAGGUAGCGAAACAGGGGGGAGCAGCCGUGCUCAAAGCUGCUGACUACAUUGCGUCGCAUUCGCUGACGUUUGUUGAUAUCCACUACAUCCGCUUCGAGAGCGAGUUUGGGAGGGCGGCGAACGGUGCUGAGUUUGCUGCUGAGGUCCAGGGAAGUGUUGCAGGUCAGGGAUUUGCACUGGAAAUGACAUACGAUCCACGGAAGACGGCUGCGUUCAUCACGAAUACCUUCCAACGACUUGUAGACAAGCUCUCCGUUUCUUGA